AUGAGAGUGGACCUGCGAGUGAUCCCGCCGCCGGCGACGGUGCGGGAGAGCACGGGGGCGGCUGUGUGGGAGAUGGCGGCAGAUGCGGGAGGGUAUGUCGGCGACGGUGCGGGAGAGAAUGGAGGCGACGGUGCGGAAGAGCAAGGCGGUACGGUGGACGAGAUGGAGCAAGGCAACUACGGCGGGGGUGGCAGCGUCGACGAUGUAGACGACGGCCAACUCCCCCCAUGCCCAGGAGUCUUGUAUAUUCUACCCGACUCCAAUCGGCUGCCCGUCGCAGGCUACCCUUUCUGCCUGCGUGGCAGGGGGCAAACGCCAUGGCCGUGGUCCUGCACUAUCCUUGAAGGCACCGUCUCGCUGCAUGCAGUGGCGGACCCAAAGACAGGGAAUUUGGCGUGCGAGGGAGCGGCGUCUGCGUACGGUGGGCCGUGCGAGUCAUGCCAGUUGCUUUCGGAAAAUAGGCAACCGAAAGGCGUUAUCGAGCGAGCGAAGGAAGAAGUGGUGGUAGUUCGUGACGGUGGGAGGAAGCAUUGCGAGCUGACGGCGCACCACCUCGCUGAGCGGACGAACGUCCACAAAGAUCGUACUCAGCAACAGCGUCUACCGUGGUUCGACUCCAGCAAGCACACAGGGAGACUGACGGAGAACUUCGACGUCCACAAGCGCAUCACCCUGCUCCUUGGAUCCAAGAACAUCCCCGGUUUGAAGAGAGUGUUUGCAGAGUCCCUCCGCAAGGGCAGAUCGCCACACGCAAUCCUGGACCAGCUGACGCGGGCGAUGAACGGAGUUUAUCGCACGCAGAGCUACAGCGACGCCGACAUCGAUAUGGCGGCCGUAACGACGAUGCUCGGGCGGAGUGCUCUGCUGAACGUCCUCUGCAAAGCGGAUGGUCUUCCGAGCGUGUCUGACGUCCAGAAGAAGCUGCAGGAGAGCGAUGUGGGGUUUUCCACAUGCGCUAUGGGUGACUCCUCCUCCAUAGAAGCAGCGGUGAGGGCUAACAUCCAUGCCUUCAUGGCAACGCUGAAGCCUGGCAAGCAUUUGUGGUUUCUAAUGGUAGACGAGAUUGCGGUCAAUCCGCGGCCCCAAUGGGAACGCGAGGACGGCACAUACACAGGCGACAACCAGGUUUUGGGAAUCUGCGGUCAGCACACGACGACGGGCGUGGACACGACGCUAUUCGACAUGGACUCGCUGGUCACGCUGAAGGACCUACUGGACAAGGGCGCCAUCCAUUUCACGACAGAAGGAUCGAUGUUCGUGAUCGGAAAAUUCGGUGGCGGGGGGUCUGCAGCAUUCCCCGUGCUUUUGCUGGACUCAUGCAAGGCGUCCAACCCUGAGCAACAGAACGCCAUCAUCGAGCAGAUUUUGGACUUUUGGGCAGAGGUGGCCGAGCCCGAGUACGGGCCAAUGAUCACGGUAGACACCGAUGGAGACGCCCAGCGUCGGUUGCUUCUGGUGGAAGAUUUCACGAUGUUCAAGUUGGCGCGCCUGAGGUUGCCGUGGAGCACGGAACUCCUUACCAUGCCCCUGCUGGACACGAAGAAGUCUUCCGCGCCUUCUACCCCGGCGAAAGGGAGAGGACAGAACGUCGUCAGGCUUUUGAAGACUGUGGCGCAAGUGGGAUUGGCGCCGGAUGAUCGCGUUGAGGAGGCGUUGGCAGGGAAACCGUUCCUCAAGAGGGUUCACGCUAACAUGAAGAUCCUCGUCAUCAUCAACAAGCACUUGCUUGCGAUGCUCUUCGAGAACAUGAGGGGGGUGGCUUCCAUCCUCGCAGGACUGGCCUGUGUCGCCCACUUGUCCCUCUUGCUCUACCGCGCCAACAGAAUGAAGUUCUUCCCCGCUCAGUUAUACCACGACAUGCAGACCAUAGUCCGGAGCGCCUACUUCUUGGUCGCGAUAGCGAAGCACGUGUGCCCCGAGGAUCCACUGUUCUUCUUCCAGCUUGGGACCGACCGGUUGGAGCAGCUGUUCGCGUUCGUUCGUACGACCACUCAUGACCGGAACUGCGACAUGCUGCUGCUGGCCCUUCGAUUCGCGAGCGCGUACCAACUCGCGAAGAUCUACGACAAGCACCCCAGUUGGCGACGGCCAUCGAAACGGCUCGAGGGUUCUGAAGACGCCAUGAACACGUUAUCAUGGAUGGAGGGGGCAGAGGGUAACACCCGUGUGGAUGGCGUGGACCUGCGAGAGUGCUGGGUGAACGGAAGAGAAAAGGCGGUGGGUGCUCUCUUCGCCCAUCCGCACUACAAUGGCAAGGUCGACCUCGAUACCUUCCGAAAUCUUCAGAACGCCGGCAUCACGAUGUUCAAGCCACUGGAUGGGAACACUAUGCCGGGAGUUUCGUCCAAGGAAGAUGCGCUGGAUGAGAAUGACGAGAGCGGAGAGGCGAACCAGGCGGAGGAGAAAAGCGAGCAGGCUGUCGAGCAGGACGAAAGUGUUCCGGCGAACCAGCCGGGGGAGGAGAAAAGCGAGCAGGUCGACUCGGCCAAUGGACCGGUGAGGGGCGGAGGGCUACAAAUGGAGAGCGAGCGAUCAGACAAUCGAAGGAGGGCGGAAAGCGAGGAAGGGUCGAUAGAUGCCGGCGAUGGGGUGGGGGGGGGCGGCGAUGGGGUGGUAGUAGAUAAGGGUGGCGAUCCCGCCAUCGACAAAGCAAGGCAACUCGAAGAAGACGAUGAUGCCGAGGCGUUGUUCGACGAGACCGUGGACCGUCUGGCAACGCGGACGAAGCGAAUUUCCGUUCCCCGAGUCAUCAAGUGUGGAGAUAAGGAGGUGAACGUAGCUGUGGUGCUGCUGUUCACGUAG